AUGAGCACCGGUGCGCCGCAGCCGCGGCCGCCGGCGGCGGUGGUGGAGGGGCUGAACGCCGCGGAGCCGGUGCGGCGGCCGCGGCACCCGGCGUGGUUCCCGCCCGCGCGCGACGACGGAAAAGGGCUGCGCGUGCUGAACUCGCUGACGGAGGCCGUGGAGCCGUUUGCGCCGCGUGCGGGGCGGCUGGUGCGGUGGUACAUGUGCGGGCCGACGGUCUACGACGUCGCCCACAUGGGCCACGCCCGCGCCUACCUCACCUUUGACAUCCUGCGCCGCAUCAUGGAGGACUACUUCGGCUACCAGGUGCUGUACCAGAUGAACAUCACGGACAUCGACGACAAGAUCAUCAAGCGGGCCCGCAUUGGGGCGCUGCUGAAGCGCUUCCGGGAGGACGUGCUGCAGGGGCGGGACGUGGCGAGGCUCGCCGCCUUCACGGCCGAGGCGGAGGCGGCGGCGGUGGCUGCUCUGGCGGAGACGCGGCGCAAGCUGUCGACGCCGUUGCCGGACGCCACCCCGAGCCGCGUCAAGGCGGAGCGCGAGGAGAAGCUGCUGGAGCUCGUUCUGAAGGAGUCGCAGCUGCAGACGACGAGGGAGCGCAUUGCGGCGGCGACGGCGUCUGGCGACUUCGAGGCCCUCUUCACCGCGGCCGCCGGCAUUAACGGCGACCUGCUGGAUGAGCGGGAGGGGCAGGAGGUGACGGACCAGCGCAUUUUUGAGGACCACGCGCGUUUGUACGAGCGGCUCUUCUUUGAGGACAUGCGGAGCCUCGGCGUUCGCGACCCGGACGUCGUCACGCGUGUGACGGAGUACGUCCCACAGGUGGUGGACUUCAUUCAGCGCAUCAUGGACAACGGCUUUGCCUACCGCGGCACCACCUCCAUCUUCUUUGACACCGGCGCCUUUGCGCGGGCCGGGCACGACUACCCGAAGCUAAAGCCGGUGAGUGAGCGCGGCGAGAGUAACGCGACGGAGGCGGAGAUGGCGGAGGGCGAGGGCGCCCUGAGCGCAGGCGUCGCCGGUGAGAAGCGGAACGCGAACGACUUUGCGCUGUGGAAGUUUUCGAAGCCCGGGGAGCCGCGUUGGCCCUCGCCGUGGGGCGAGGGACGGCCCGGGUGGCACAUUGAGUGCUCUGUCAUGGCGUCGGACAUACUCGGCGCGAACAUGGACGUGCACAGCGGCGGCUGGGACCUGAAGUUCCCCCACCACGACAACGAGUGUGCGCAGAGCGAGGCCUGCAACCUGCAGCACCAGUGGGUGAACUACUUUUUGCACUGCGGGCACCUGCACAUUAAGGGGCUCAAGAUGAGUAAGAGUCUGAAGAACUUCAUUACGAUUCGGCAGGCGCUGGACGAACUCGGUGUCACGCCACGCGUGAUGCGGCUGCUCUUCCUUGCCAACCAAUGGGGAAAACCGAUGAACUUCUCCGACCAAAGCAUUGAUGAGGCGAGGGAGCGGGAACGCGUGCUUCGCGCCUUCUUUGGCAGCGUCGAUGUGGUGCUGCGCAAGGACGCCUGGGGCGAGACGCAGGGCUUCAACGCCCACGACCGCCGCCUGAGCGAGCUCUACUCGACGGUCGAAGACACCGUCCAUGGCGCGUUGCAGAACAAUCUCGACACCCCCGCCGCCAUGGACGCCCUCAUGGAGCUGGUGGGCGCGACGAACCAGUACCUCCUCAGCGGCGAGCGGACGAGUGGGACGCUGGUGCAGAAGGUGGGCCGCUACGUCACCCGCAUGCUGCGGGUCUUCGGCGUGGUGGAGGGGGGCGACGUGGUCGGGUUUGGCGCGCAGCAGGGGACGGACGACCGCCUCGUGACGGUGAUGGACGCCCUGCUGCGCUUCCGCGACGGUGUGCGGGACGCGGCGAAGGCGACAGGGGGGGGCGGGACGUACCUGCCGCUCUGCGACGCGGUGCGGGACGAGUGGCUCGUGCCGGCGGGCAUCCGCAUCGAAGACAACCCCGCCGGCCCCACGACGUGGAAGCCCGACGACGUGGCGACGCUGCAGCGCGAGGUGGCGGAGCGGCGGGCGCAGCAGGCGACGGAGCGCCGCACGAGGCUCGUGAACCAACUCGAGACGAAGCGGCGGUCGACGGAGAAGUGGCGCCAGUACACGUGCCCGCCGCAGGAGUACUUCAGCGCGCGCGACGCGGAGAGGCAGACGUACGCCGCCUUCGACGCGACGACGGGGCUCCCGACGCGGCUGGCGGCGACCGGCGAGGCGGUGACGGAGAAGGAGCGGAAGCGGCUCGCGAAGGAGCUCGCGCGGUACGCGAAGCUGCACGAGGAGUUCGUCGCGAAGGGCGGCGCGGCGUGGCUGGCGGAGCAGGAGCGGGAGCUGGCGGAGCUUGCGGGCGCCCUCGAGCGCCUCUGA